GACCGGCCCUUUAAACCACGCGCAAAGAGGGUUUAGGGCAUUGCCGCUUCCAUAUCGUGCUUCGUAGCCGCCGCAAGCAGGGCCACGCCUCGCCGGAGACUGGUCCGGUGAAGAGCAGGUUUCAACAUGAGUCGAUAUCCUGAAGUUAAAUGGGCACAGAGGCUUGACAAGGUUUACAUCACUGUACAAUUGCCCGACGCAAAAGAUGUGAAGGUUAAUCUGGAGCCUGAUGGGAUUUUCACUUUUUCUGCCACUGCUGGCACCGGCAACAACACUUAUGAGCUAAAGAUGGAUCUUUAUGAUAAAGUAGAUAAAGAUGCAAGCAAAAUAAACAUUGGUGUCAGGUCUAUCUUUGUCGUGGUAGCAAAAGCAGAGAAGCAGUGGUGGAAAAAGCUUCUGCGUGGUGAUGGCAAGGCUCCACACUAUUUAAAAGUAGAUUGGGAUAAGUGGGUCGAUGAAGAUGAUGAUGGUCCUGGUGAUUUGGACUUGGGAGGAAUGGAUUUCUCGAAUUUUAACAAUAUGGGGGGUGAUGCUAUGGAUGAUGAUUUCGAAGAUAGUGAUGAUGAAGAGCAAUCUGAAAAAACUGAAGACUCACCAAAGAUCGGAAAUGACAAGGCAGAAGCCUCAUCAGAAGUCAAAACCGAAGCGGCUGCAAGCACGUGAAACAAUUCUUUCAGUAAUUGUUGCUUAUGUGCCAUUGUUGCAUUUUAUGAUCGAAAAGUAUUGACUAAUCAUGGAUUUAUUGCUCCCUAUGGUUUUGCUUAUUGGAUGUAAGUGGAAAAUGAUUAUGUAUCCCAGUGACUGCAAAGAUGAACUAUUAUAUAUCUGCAAGUGCCGUUAUCUAUUCAUCCU